UCGUGUAGGAGUUAUUGACUUGGAUCCAAAGUACAUUGUAGAGAGUCCUGCUGGUUCCUUGGUUUCUGGGUCAAUUAGUUAGACAUUAAUAUCAUGUUUUUCGCGAUCCGUUGCUUCAUCCCUCGCAUGUCCCGUCUUGCACAAUGCCGUUUUAUCAACAAAGGACACUCGUUAAAACACAACAUCAUCUUGAAUUCCAGUGCUGUGCAUGCGCGUGUAUGUCACAGAAUGGUGGGUUGGAGCGCGUGGUUUCUGCUUUCCGGUCAGUGUGUGGAGAAGAUGGCGUGUCCUUAAGCCAAGCUGUCAGAGAGCAACAUGGCAGAGACGAAUCAGUACACAGGUGCUGUCCUCCUGACGUGGUGGUGUGGCCACGGUCAGUGGAGGAGGUCAGUGCUCUUGCCAAGAUCUGCAACCAUCAUUGCCUUCCCAUCAUCCCCUUCGGCACCGGGACAGGUCUGGAGGGUGGCGUCGGAGCUCUGAAGGGCGGAGUGUGUUUCAGCCUGAGGAACAUGGACAGUGUGCUGGACCUCCAUGAGGAAGACUUUGACGUAACGGUGGAGCCAGGUGUGACACGCAAGGCCCUCAACUCUUACCUGAGAGACACGGGCCUGUGGUUCCCUGUGGAUCCUGGUGCAGAUGCAUCUCUGUGUGGCAUGGCAGCCACCAGUGCCUCGGGCACCAACGCAGUGCGCUACGGCACCAUGAAGGAGAACGUGUUGAACCUGGAGGUGGUCCUGGCUGACGGCUCCAUCCUCCACACCGCAGGGCAACGCCGCAGGCCCAGGAAGACGUCUGCAGGCUACAACCUGACCAACCUGUUUGUGGGCUCUGAGGGCACGCUGGGGGUCAUCACCAAGGCAACGCUGCGUCUCUACGGUGUCCCUGAGGCCGUGGUGUCGGCCGUGUGCUCCUUCCCCUCUGUCCAGGCUGCUGUGGACAGCACGGUGCAGGUCCUGCAGGCAGGGGUGCCCAUCGCUCGCAUUGAGUUCCUGGAUGACGUGAUGAUAGCAGCAUGUAACCGGUUCAGCUCCCUCUCCUACCCAGUCUGCCCCACCCUCUUCCUGGAGUUCCACGGGACUGAGAAGAGCCUGGAGGAGCAGGUGACCUCCACAGAGGAAAUCGUCCAGGAGAACGGGGGGUCAGACUUCAGCUGGGCGCGGGACCCAGAGACACGAGGGCGUCUGUGGAAGGCUAGGCACGACGCCUGGUACGCUGCCCUGGCUCUGAGACCAGGCUGCAAGGCAUACUCCACAGAUGUGUGUGUGCCUCUGUCCCACCUCCCUCAGAUCAUCGUGGACACCAAAAGGGACCUGAUCCAGAACCACCUCACAGGGCCGAUUGCAGGUCAUGUGGGGGAUGGGAAUUUCCACUGUAUCAUGGUGCUGGACCCAGAGGAUCAGGAUGAGGUGGAGAGGGUUCACCUCUUCACUGACAGACUCGCCAGGCGUGCCCUGGCCCUGGAUGGCAGCUGUACUGGGGAACACGGUGUGGGUUUGGGGAAGCGUGUUCUGCUGAGGGAAGAGGUGGGGCCCCAGGCCAUGGAGGUCAUGCAGGGCCUCAAGGCUUCCCUGGACCCCAAGAACUUGAUGAAUCCUGGGAAGGUUCUGUAGCCUGCUGUGUUUCCAGUAUAGCCUCCUGUUCUCUGCUCUGUUUGGCCCAUGACCCAGUCCUGAUCAUGUGAUACACUCCCUGGUAAACUGUCUGUUCUAACACAUGGGUUCAAUAUCUGAGACCAGCUGGAACCAGAGGAGCUAGGAACCCCAUUACACGUUAUUAUAUUACAUUGUACCAGCAAAAUAUAUUUUAAUCUAAUCUAUUAAAUUAAAUUUGGUCUUCUAUUGAUCUACAGGCCAGAUGGCUAGUCUUCUCUACUAUGAAGCAGCAAUGUGGUAUUAUGUGAGUUUAUAACUUAUAUAUGUUAUAUAUGUGCAAGCCAGGGAGGUUACUGAGUCUUCACCUGAGCAUGCCAUACAGUAAAUAGCACUGGCACAUGCAGUACAUCUCCCAGCCACCAGACGUCAGUAGUGUGAUGUUUUGUGUUUCUGUCAUAAGCACCAAGAAUAAAACAGUUAAUGUA